AUGGAAAGCAUUAAAGAGGAGGCUGUCAGGGCUAAAAAGAUGGCAGAAAAGAAGUUCGAGGAACGAGACAUUGCUGGGGCAAAGAGAUUUGCUUUAAGGGCUCAAAACUUGAAUCCUAAGAUUGAUGGGCUUCUUCAAUUGAUAGCAACUCUGGAUGUCUAUAUCUCUGCCGAAGAGGGUGCAAAUGGUGUAAGCGAUUGGUACAAGGUCCUUGGAGUGGAACCUUGCGCUGAUGAGCCCACAAUCAGGAAUCAGUUCAAGAAACUGGCCUGUGUUAUUCACCCUGAUAGAAACAAAUCUGUAGGCGCAGAUGGGGCAUUUAAGAUUCUAUCUCAAGCCUGGAGCUCAUUGUCCGAUAAACAGAGGAGAUGUGCUUAUGAUCAGAAGCGGAAACUAAAGAGCGAGAAUGAAAACAUCUUGGUCAGGCAAUCACAUCUCUCCAACAGUAAUGUUUCAAAUAGCCCAUUAAACCCCACAUUUUGGACUGUUUGCUAUGGUUGCAAGGCACAGUUUGAGUAUCCCAGACUUUAUCUCCGGCGUAAUAUUUUAUGUUCCAAAUGCCGUCGGCCCUUUCAUGCUAAUGAGGUGCCACCGCCACCUAACAAUGACAAUGGCUCAUCCAAGCCUUUGGCUUCCCACAUGCAAAGGCAUAAUCCGGGCGAAUCUGCCAUUAAUAACAGCUCAUCUGCUCAAGGAACGAGACCUACUUCUGCUGCAAGUGCGGAACGGGCCAGAUUUUUUGGUCUUAACUCAUCACAGAAAACUUCUCAGGCAGGCUUAUUCUCAGAGGUGACAGAGAAGGAGAGAGGAAAGAAAGAAGCUUCUUCUGAAGGCAUGAAGGUGCCAACUUUUGCUAAAGAUAGGUGGUCUUGGAAGAGAAAGUUUAAAGAGGAAUCAUUAGAUUCCAUGACAGAGGUCACUAAGACCAGUCCUCGUGUUUUGAAGAAAGAAUUCGGUGGAGUAUCUCCUGGGUUUUCUGGUGCUGGUUUGGGUACUCUACCCGAAGGAGGUAAGCCUCAGAAAAGAAGACGAAUGCCUGACCAGAAUAUGGAAGGUUCAGUGGAAACUGGAAACGGUGGAUUUGCUGUGAAAACUGUGUUUGGAUCGCAAGAGGGUGGCACAGCUACAACAAGGUGGAACAUGGCUGGAAACUGCAAACUUAGUUUCACAAAGGAGCUGUCACAAAAAGAAGUGCGAAAUAUGUUGAUGGAGAAGGCCAGGAAAGUGGUUCGUGGGAAGCUUAUUGAAUGGAGAACUGCUGCUGCGCCAAAAAUUCCAUACAAGUCGAAGGAGGUGGAGAAUGAGAAAGGAAAGAAAGAAGCUGCUACACCUGUUGUAAAAGCUGAUAUGAGUAAACAUACCAAGCAUGUGGAUACGAAGAAGAAAGAGAGCACUGGAAAGAUUGCCCCUCGGAAAAUUGAUCUCAAUCUUACUCCAGGUAUCCCGGAUCCAAUUUUGAUGACUGUUAUAGAUCCAGAUUUUUAUGAUUUCGACAGGAAUCGUACAGAAAGGUCAUUCAGUAGCAACCAGGUUUGGGCUGCAUACGAUCAGGAGGAUGGUAUGCCUAGAUAUUAUGCGAUGAUUCAUUGGGUGAUAUCUGUAGAGCCGUUCAGAAUGAAGAUCAGCUGGCUGAAUUCCAAAAGCAACGACGAAUUUGGCCCAUUAAGCUGGAUUGCUUCUGGCUUUCCUAAAACUAGUGGGGAGUUCCGACCAGGGAAGCAUAAAGUUUACGUUUCUCUUCAUUCCUUCUCCCACCAGGUCAAGUGGACAAGAGGCGUGAGAGGAGUUGUUCAAAUAUAUCCCAGAAAAGGAGAUGUUUGGGCUCUGUACAGGAACUGGUCCCCUGAUUGGAAUGAGCGUACCCCGGAUGAAGUGAUACACAAAUAUGACAUGGUGGAAGUACUCAGAGACUACAAUGAAGCACGAGGUGUGAGUGUCUUUCCACUUGUGAAAGUAGUUGGUUUCAAGACGGUAUUUUGCAGGCAUUGGGACCUGAGAGAAGUCAAGACAAUUCCGAGGGAAGAGAUGUUUCGGUUCUCUCACCAGGUACCUUCUCACUUCCUCAUAGGUAAUGAAGGUCUCAAUGCUCCUCCAGAUUGCUUGGAGCUUGAUCCUGCAGCUACACCUUUGGAACUUCUCGAGGGAACAAAAGAAGCGCGGAAGAAAGAAGUGGUGAAAACAGCUGAGAAACCAAAGGAAGAAGGUCUGAUGGAGAGUUUGCAAAGCCCCAAGGUAUGCGAGCUGGUGGAGAAUCACAAACCGGCCAUUGAAAAAUAUCCGUUACAAGAUGCUGAAAAGGUUGUGGCAGAAAAGAAGGGUAAGGAGAACGGUGAGGUAAAGUUGGCAGUAUACAACCGUAGACGAAUAAGGGAAGGGAAGAAAAUUUAGGGGCACUCACAUUUUUUCGACGUAGUGGGCUUGACUUAAAUGUAAAAAGAUUCAUUUCUUCAGUUAUACACACAGCAGUUUGAAAAAAGAACGUGUUUUUACUCAGGUACAAUAGUUUUGUUCUCUUUGAUGUAGGAAGGUGAGUCUACAGUUUUGUUUGGCAUCA